AAGCGCAUGUGAUGAAACCAAUCAUAUUAGGUAAAGAUUUUACAUCGAUAUUAUUAUCUCUUCGAAUUCCAUGCCUCUGUAACAUAGCUUCCUUUUAAAUUUUCAAUUAAUCUUGAUGGCGCUUCUGUCGAAAUAAUACCACACGACUACAUUCGAUUCCAAAAUCUGCGUCAAGCGAACGUCAAACGUCGUCAUGAGAUUGCACCUUCACGUGUAAAAAUUAAAGAUUUGUCAAAAAAUUUCCGCACUUUACAUUUUAAACAAUCAUAACCCGAAUCAGUGGAUCGAAUAAGUUUAGUGUUUUCGCUGAUAACAAAAAGUUAACCUACAAGCUCUAAAUUAAGGGAAUACCUUAUUUCUUCGGAGACUUUAUUCAUCAUGGUAAAAGUGGCAUUGCAGAUAAAAGCUACAUUAGAAAAUGUGGAAGAACUGAAGCCGUCUGGUCCAGAUUUUCGUUGGUACCUAAAGUUCACUUGUGGUAACUGUGGCGAGGUUUCAGAAAAAUGGAACUAUGUUUCGGAGAGUGAAUCGACUCCAUCUAAAAGAGGAAAUGCAGUGAAUCACUUUGUCAGUAAAUGUAAACUAUGUUUGCGUGAAAACACCAUGACCAUUAUCGAAGACUCAUCAAGAUCUUACACCACUGAUGAUCAGGGAAAGUUUAAAACCCUUGCUAUCUUUGAUUGCCGAGGUAUAGAGCCUUCUGAUUUCUCUGCAAGAGAAGGAUGGGUUGCAAAAGCAAUAGACGGAGGCAAGGAGUUUAAAGAUGUUGAUUUGAGCGAGGGAGAAUGGGCUGACUAUUGUGAAAAAAUUGCAAAUCCUGUUGGCAUUUAUGAGAUUGAACAUAGGUUCGAGAAGAUUAAGUGAGAGGAAAUAUAUUUAUAAAGAUGUUGAAAGGCUUAAAGAUGUUUCCUUGCAGCCAAACGAUGUGAUAUACAAAUAUUUUUUUGGAAAGUAUAUUAUAGUAUAUAAGGUAUUAUUUCACACUGGUACUCUUUAGAUAAAGUAAAUUAUUACAAAAUUGAAACCAAAAUUCAUUGCCAAACGUAGAUUACUUUAUAAUCAGAACCAAUGAAGACAUCAAUUGUAUCCAACGACAUAAUAUAAUUUAUUUAUAAUCAUAUACAAAAAAACUGUUCACUUAUACAAAUGGAUCCUUAAGUAUAUUAUACGCAUAGAAUUGUUUUCAACAAUAUCAUUGAUUUCUUUAAUUUUAUUUUUGUCAUAUUUGUCCCACCAAUCGUGUUGCUCUUGUUUGAUGAAGUAUCGAUGUAGUACCAACUCAAAGGAGGUAUCACCGCAACUACCCGAUUAUUGAUAUCAAGUUUAUUCUUAGUAGACUCAAACUUUCCAAAUUGGACACGUUGGAAUGUUACGAAAUUUGUUGGAAAUCAGUGGCUGAUAGUUGUGAUAUUACCGUUAUUAUAAAUAAUUGACUUACAAUUAAAGAGAGAACAUAUGAUUAAUAACUAAUUGUGAUGAACUAAUUAUUUACAUUGCAUUUAAAAAGAAACCAUAAAAACUUUGAAAUCAUAAUUUCUCUUUUCUAUCCUAUCAUACUAAUUCGCUAUUAUUGUAAUAUGCGAGUAUAUAGUUAAAUCGUAUUUACUGUAGUAAUCUGGACAUUGUUUUUAUUUAUUUACUUUUCGUGUUUUUCUAUUAUCAUUUCUAAUAUCUAACGAAUAAAUAGCUUGGUACUCAUUUAAAUGAUCUUGUCAGUCACUGUGUCACUUAAAAAAUAAAUCACGUACGAAUAACUAAUGCAACCGAUUAUAAUUUAACGACGAAUCGAUAACUCAUCAGUCUAUACUCAUGAAAAUAUCACUAUGGCUGAAUUCGUAUUAAAACGUUAAGUCGGUUGAAGCCCGUGUAUUAUCCACUGUUAAAAUAUUGAUCAAAUAAUCGAAUAUAACUACAUAUAACGCCGUGACAUUUAUGCUUUCUUUUUGUUGCUUUGAUUAUCAUUUUACUGAAGCCGUCACAUCGUUUUUUCUUUUAUAUUUCAUGCUAUGCAAUUAACGAUAUCAGUGCUGUACAAUAUUGCUGUGGUUUUUAUAUCAAGGGAACAUGUUCUAUCUGACGAUAUAAUAACUAAAACUGAGAUAAACUUCAAAGAAUUAAUUCGAAUCUAGUAUAACAAUAAAUUAAGUAUCCAAAGCUCUUGCAAGAGCAAUUUACUUAAUCGUUUAGACGGAUUUUUUUGUAUAAAAACAACAUGGAAGUUAUUACCCCAUUAAUAAAAUGUCAGCCAUUCAAUAAUAUACCAUUUCGAAAAUAGGUAUUACGAUUUAGUCAGGUAUGAUAAACUGACUAGUAAAAAUGAAAAGCGAGAUGAAAAGGAUAUGUCAAACAAUUAUUGCAACACUGUACAAACUAACUUUUUCCAUAAUUAUAAUAUCUACGCUGGAUAUUUCUAUGAGUAAUUACCUCGGAUAUUCUAAUCACACAAUAUUGAUUUACUAGUAUGGGUAUAGUUUCAUUUCUAACUUAUUGUUAGUCAAAAAAUUUUCCUAGUUUUUUUCUAAACAUCUAUCUUUGGUAUAAAUUAGGGAGAUGCUUGCUCUACUCAUGUUUUCUAAUUUCUAUCAUUGAAUAUAUCUACCUAUAACACUACUUCAUCGACUGCAUUUUAUUAUACAGUUCCGUAGACAACGUUAGGCUGUCCAGAGUAUACAUUUAAAAAUCAUCGUAUCUAUGCCAGGCUUUUGAUCGAAUACAAACCGAUUUUAUUGUUAUGCACAACAGAGGAGUGGCUGGUUCGUUAAAUGAUGGCAUUUAAAAUAAAUCUAUUUUCCGAUUGGUGUACAUAAUAUUGUAUUUCGCAAAACAGUUUUACCCUGUGUUUGUAGUUUGAAAUAAAAUUUUUGCCCAUCUAAUCAUCAA